UUUGCAAUCUCACCUUUUCUCGUCUUCCCCUCCAUCCAUCAUCGAAAUUACUAUUCUGCCCCUUUUCGAACUAAACCCAGCAACCCCUCUUUCGUUCUACGUUCUCAGUUGCAGACUAUCUCUCUUUCUCUCUCCGUCUGUCCUUCUCUUUAUCUCUCCUUGAUUCGACGAUCGGACGGCGCCCAAUCCACACCCAUGACUCUGAUGACUCCUCCACCGCUCGAUCAGCAGCAGCAGCAGGAGGACGACGAGAUGCUGGUCCCACACACCGACUUCGCCCAUGGUCCUCAGCCAAUGGAAGUAGCUCAACCGGAAACUGCAAACGCAGUGGAGGCUCAGCCAGUGGAUGAUCCACCAUCAGCGCGUUUUACAUGGACAAUUGAUAACUUUUCGAGGCUUAAUACCAAGAAACUAUAUUCUGAUGUGUUUUACGUUGGAGGCUACAAAUGGAGGAUACUUGUAUUCCCCAAAGGAAACAAUGUAGAUCACUUGUCAAUGUAUCUAGAUGUUGCUGAUUCUACAAAUCUACCUUAUGGGUGGAGUAGAUAUGCCCAGUUCAGCUUAAGUGUUGUCAAUCAACUUCAGAGUAAAUAUUCAGUAAGAAAAGAAACACAACAUCAGUUCAAUGCACGUGAGAGUGAUUGGGGUUUCACUUCAUUCAUGCCCCUGGGUGAAUUAUAUGAUCCUGGUAGAGGUUAUCUUGUGAAUGACACAUGUAUAGUUGAAGCUGAUGUUGCUGUACGUAGAGUUGUUGAUUACUGGUCACAUGACUCGAAAAAAGAAACUGGUUAUGUUGGGCUUAAGAAUCAAGGAGCUACAUGUUAUAUGAAUUCUCUCCUCCAAACUCUGUACCAUAUACCUUACUUUAGAAAGGCUGUAUAUCAUAUGCCAACAACUGAAAAUGAUAAUCCAUCAGGAAGCAUCCCUCUGGCUUUGCAGAGUUUAUUUUACAAGCUUCAGUAUAGUGACACUAGUGUAGCAACAAAAGAGCUGACCAAGUCUUUUGGAUGGGAUACAUAUGAUUCUUUUAUGCAACAUGAUGUCCAAGAACUAAAUAGGGUUCUCUGCGAAAAACUUGAGGACAAGAUGAAGGGAACUGUUGUGGAGGGUACUAUACAGCAGUUAUUUGAAGGGCAUCAUAUGAACUAUAUAGAAUGCAUCAAUGUGGACUACAAAUCGACAAGAAAAGAAUCAUUUUAUGAUCUUCAGCUUGAUGUUAAGGGCUGUAGGGAUGUUUAUGCUUCUUUUGACAAAUAUGUGGAAGUUGAGCGUCUUGAAGGUGACAAUAAGUAUCAUGCUGAACAAUAUGGUUUACAGGAUGCUAAGAAAGGUGUUCUAUUCAUUGAUUUUCCUCCAGUCCUUCAACUUCAGCUAAAGCGUUUUGAGUAUGAUUUUAUACGAGAUACCAUGGUGAAGAUAAAUGACCGGUAUGAGUUCCCUUUGCAACUUGAUCUUGAUAGGGAGGAUGGGAAAUAUCUAUCACCUGAUGCUGACAGGAGCAUCCGCAAUCUUUACACUCUUCAUAGUGUCUUGGUGCACAGUGGGGGGGUGCAUGGUGGACACUACUAUGCUUAUAUCAGGCCAACUUUAUCUGAUCAGUGGUUUAAGUUUGAUGAUGAACGGGUGACCAAGGAAGAUGUGAAAAGGGCAUUAGAGGAGCAGUAUGGUGGUGAGGAGGAGUUACCACAAGCAAAUCCUGGCUUCAACAAUGCUCCAUUUAAAUUUACAAAAUAUUCAAAUGCUUAUAUGCUUGUUUAUAUACGUGAAAGUGACAAGGAGAAAAUAAUUUGUAAUGUUGAUGAGAAAGACAUUGCCGAACAUCUGAGGAUAAGGUUGAAGAAAGAACAAGAAGAAAAGGAGCUAAAGAGAAAGGAAAAAGCUGAAGCACACCUUUAUACUAUUAUUAAGGUUGCACGUAAUGAGGAUCUACUUGAACAGAUAGGAAAGGAUAUAUACUUUGACCUUGUGGAUCAUGACAAAGUUCGAAGUUUUCGUAUUCAGAAACAGAUGCCUUUUAAUCUGUUUAAGGAAGAGGUUGCCAAAGAAUUUGGUGUCCCAGUGCAAUUUCAACGAUUCUGGUUGUGGGCAAAGCGCCAAAACCAUACAUAUCGGCCAAAUCGACCACUGACACAUUUGGAGGAAGCACAAUCUGUUGGACAAUUAAGAGAAGUUUCAAAUAAGGCAAAUAAUGCAGAGCUAAAGCUGUUUCUGGAAGUAGAAGUUGGUCUGGAUCAGCGACCUGUUGCUCCUCCAGAAAAGACUAAAGAGGAAAUUCUUAUAUUCUUUAAACUUUAUGACCCUUUGAAAGAAGAAAUGCGGUAUCUAGGGAGGCUUUUUGUGAAGGGAAGUGGGAAGCCUUCUGAGAUAUUGACAAAGUUAAACGAAAUGGCUGGGUUUGGUGCUGAUGAAGAAAUUGAACUUUUUGAGGAAAUAAAGUUUGAGCCUAAUGUGAUGUGCGAACACAUUGACAAGAAGGCCACUUUUCGUGCUAGUCAGCUUGAAGAUGGAGACAUCAUUUGCUUUCAGAAGUCUGCUCCAGUUAGUGAACAGUGCCGCUAUCCUGAUGUUCCUUCAUUCUUAGAGUAUGUCCGAAAUCGUCAGGUUGUUCGCUUUCGUUCUCUGGAGAAACCAAAAGAGGAUGAGUUCUGUCUUGAGCUGUCAAAGCUCAAUACCUAUGAUGAUGUUGUCGAGAAAGUUGCUCAACAUCUAGGGUUGGACGAUCCUUCAAAAAUCAGGCUCACAUCCCAUAACUGUUACUCCCAGCAACCAAAACCCCAACCUAUCAAGUACAGAGGAGUAGACCAUUUGUCUGACAUGCUGGUGCAUUACAAUCAGACUUCCGAUAUCCUCUAUUAUGAAAUUCUGGACAUCCCUCUCCCGGAAUUGCAAGGUCUCAAAACGUUAAAGGUUGCUUUCCAUCAUGCCACCAAGGAUGAAGUUGUCAUUCAUACUGUUAGAUUGCCAAAGCAGAGCACUGUAGGGGAUGUAAUUAGUGAUCUUAAAACAAAGGUGGAAUUGUCUCAUCCUACUGCAGAGAUUAGAUUGCUUGAGGUUUUCUAUCACAAGAUCUACAAGAUUUUUCCGCUCAAUGAAAAAAUUGAGAAUAUUAAUGAUCAGUACUGGACAUUGCGUGCUGAAGAGAUCCCCGAAGAAGAGAAAAACUUUGGUCCUCACGACCGCAUAAUUCAUGUUUAUCAUUUUAUGAAGGACACAGCUCAGAACCAGCAAGUUCAAAAUUUUGGGGAGCCUUUUUUCUUGGUAAUUAGAGAGGAUGAGACUUUAGCUGAAGUUAAGGUGAGAAUACAGAAGAAGUUGCAAAUCCCUGACGAGGAGUUUGCAAAGUGGAAAUUUGCAUUUUUGUCACUGGGUCGUCCUGAGUACCUUCAAGACAGUGAUGUUGUGGCCAGUCGGUUUCAGAGGAGGGAUGUUUAUGGUGCUUGGGAGCAAUAUCUUGGAUUGGAACACACUGACACUGCUCCUAAAAGAUCUUACACUGCCAAUCAGAAUCGUCAUGCAUACGAGAAGCCGGUGAAAAUUUAUAACUAGGAAAAGGGCGAGGGCGGAAAAAGAAAAUGGAACUACUCCAGCUCACUCGAUUCAGCCAAUUUCUAGUAGCCUGUGCGUUUUUUGGGUAGAGAAAGUGAGAGGGGGCUGAGGAAGCUUGCGCUGUUUGGCUUCACACUACUCUUGUUGUGUGUAGUUCUUUCUGUGAUAGAAGAGGUGGGUUCACUUUUGAAGUGUUAAAAGAAGUGGUAUUCUUUUGCAGAUGUGGGUGCGUGCGUGCUUGCUUAAGAUGAGGUAGGUGGGAACUUUUGUCUUCGAUUCGUUUGUAAUCUUAGUACAUAAGAUUUUGGAUUAGGGAAUGUAUAGAGUAUAGGUGGAUAUUUCUUCCAUGUGGUUUUUGUUUCAUCUGAUUCUCCCAUCAUUAGGGGAUGGGGAUUUGUGUAUAAUGUUCUAUCAUCUGAGCUUACAGCCAGCUGCUUUGCUUCUUUUUCUGUAAGUUUACGAUCCCCUUCUUCCUUUGGGAGGGAAUGAUUAGUUUCUCGAUUUUGGCAAAAGAAAUUAACUUUUUAUUUUCA